GAGAGGCCAAACUCCAGGUAGGGCAAAAAGGCAGCGGAAGAUGGAGUGGAAACUGGAGCGCACCGCCCCGCGGAGAGUCCGCACCGAAGAAGCGAUGCUGUGGGAGAGUAUCAUGCGGGUGCUUGCCAAAGACAUGAAGCAGAAGAGAAGUCAAGGGUCCCCCAAGGUAUUUGAUCCAGUUAAUACUACGUAUUCUAACUUCAAGAGCAACUUUGUGAAGAGGAUGUCAGCCGAGGUUCCUGUUGCCAGUAGCCCAAUUACCACAAGAUGGCAGCAAAGUCAAACCAGGGAUUUGGCAGCCCUUUCCUUUGGGGAAGAACAUUCAACCACUUACAUACCAGAAUCUGGAUCAGUGCUGAAGAUAACGCCUGAGAAAGAGACCUUGACUUUAGGAUCCUACAAAGAACCACUGAAAUUCAAAGGAAUUUCUGAAACAAGUAAUUCUGCUCCUCAUUUCUGCAAGGCACCUCGUGCAAUGGACAGAGACUGGAAGGAAAAUGUUGCCUCAAAAGAUCAGAAAUGCCUAAAUCAGCUAUUUGCAUCCCAGAAGGUAGUUCAGCAGGGUGACGGGAAAAUGCAGCUCUGUGAGCAAUCCCAAUGUGUUUGGAGAGGCUGCAGAGAUGGAAUCAAAGAUGAAUCCUUCCAUCUUAAAAGAUCCAGUGAUAUUAACCAUUCCAAAUUCCAACCAGAGGUGAAGAUUCAUCUUACUGGUCUUCGAAAUGACUACUAUCUGAAUAUCCUAGACUGGAAUUUUCAGAAUCUCGUUGCUAUAGCCCUUGGAUCUGCUGUGUACAUCUGGAAUGGGGAGAACCACAAUGGAAUUGAAAACAUAGAUUUAAGUCUCACUUGUAACUAUGUAUCUUCUGUGUCCUGGAUAAAAGAGGGAACUUGUCUGGCAAUUGGCACCAGUGAGGGAGAAGUGCAAUUGUGGGAUGUGGUAACUAAAAAGCGGCUCAGAAAUAUGCUUGGUCAUUUGUCAGUAGUUGGAGCUCUGAGCUGGAAUCACUGUAUCCUUAGCAGUGGGUCAAGGCUGGGGCGUAUUUAUCAUCACGAUGUUCGAGCAGCCCAGCAUCAUGUGGGGACACUUCAUCACAAGCAAGCUGUGUGUGCUCUGAAGUGGUCACCGGAUGGCAGGCUGCUUUCCAGCGGCUGCAGUGAUGGACUGCUGACAAUAUGGCCCUACGAUCCAGGUGCCCGUGCACAGGGCCAAGCACUAAAAGUUAUACCCCAGUCUACAGCAGUUAAGGCCAUGGAUUGGUGUCCCUGGCAGUCUGCAGUCCUUGCUGUUGGAGGAGGGAUGAAGGAUGGAUGCUUGCACAUCUUGGAUAUAAAUACUGGGAAGAGCAUCCAGACCCCAAGCACAAACUCACAGAUUUGUUCCUUAAUCUGGCUACCUAAGACAAAGGAGAUUGCAACUGGCCAAGGUACUCCUAAGAAUGAUGUGAUCGUGUGGACUUGUCCCACUCUGUCCAGGUCAGGUGGGUUUUUUGGCCACAGAGGCAGAGUGCUGCACCUGGCUUUGAGUCCGGACCAGACCCAUGUGUUUUCUGCUGCAGCUGAUGGGACAGCCUCCGUAUGGAAUUGCUACUAGUCGCCUAGAUCCUCUAAAUUUGGGUUUCCUU